AUGGUAGAUUCCCUGAAGGCGACGGGGUUGAAUCCGCCAGGGCAUCUCACAUCCUUCACAAGCCCAACAACCAGCUCCAGGGUAUCGGGAUUCCCGUCACCGUGUUUUGGGAUAGUUUACAGUGAGAGUCUCAGGGCUCGACUCGCAAGCUCUCCUCCGGUCUACGGAGACACAUAUGUAUCACUAUCCGCCCGUACCCAGCAGUGGAUCAAGUACCCCGUGAAGAGAGGAGAAGAUCACCAACUCCCGCUAAUGAUUGAGCUUCGAGCUAUAUAUCGCCGCCUCCAGAAGACUCCUACUCUAUACGGUAGGACUAGUGCUUCAAAUCUGACAACCAAGAUCGGAUACCUUGUCAUCCGUCACCUGGAGAAUUGCAAGCCGAUUGCCGGAUGA